AUGGCCUUCAAUUUCAACUGGUCGCCGCUUACUGCGGACGCCGAAUUCUACAGUCGAGCCCGUGAUUUACUCACCAAAGCCCUGAACAAGUCGCCCAAGCCGCCUAUUAUCGUCGAUGAUAUUCUCGUGAGCGAAUUCAACCUGGGCACUGUGCCUCCCGACCUGGAGAUCCUCGAGAUUGGAGAUCUUGCCGAAGACAGAUUUCGAGGCAUAUUCAAAAUGUGCUAUUCGGGAGAUGCCUUCUUGACAUUGAAAACGCGAGUUCAAGCCAAUCCAUUAAACACCUAUCUCUACUCCAAACCGUCUUUUACCUCGCCUCAACCUCUCGCAGCUGCUUCCGGCCUGACUAUUCCCCUCUCGAUUACUUUGUCGGAUAUCAAACUCUCCGCUUUUAUUAUCCUGGUCUUUUCAAAGCAAAAGGGCCUGACGUUGGUGUUCCGCAAUGACCCGCUCGAGUCCCUCAAGGUCUCAUCGACCUUUGAUUCGAUACAGUUCGUUCGCGACUACUUGCAGCGCACCAUUGAACAGCAACUCCGCAACCUGAUGAUGGAUGAGCUUCCCGCCAUUAUUCAUCGGCUGUCCCUUGAGCUGUGGUGUCCCGACCAGGCGAACAAGGGUACCGUGACACCAAAGGAAGAGGUUGAUGAGAAGGGCGUCGAUCCAUUUGCCAGCCCACCACUGGAUCCUGUCGAUGCUAACGGCAAUCUGCUGGAUUACAGCACCGUUUCAGAACUCACUCUGAAUGGUGGAGGUGAGAUGCAAUAUUUGUUCUCGCAAAAGAACUUGCUUCGUUUGGCUGCAUUGACAGAUUCGCAUCGAACCUUGUCUCUCUUCACUCCCGGUAUCAAGGAUGUUGUUUUCCGUGCCAGAUCUGGGUUUGGGGACCGAUCCGAAGCGGCCAGCCCUCCAUUCGCCACCCCUAGCUUGACGAAGACGCUGUCUUUCCCAGCUGGAGGCAGCACAACUUAUACAUUCUCCGAUUCUGGAAGCACAGCGCACGGAUGUUUGCCAUCCAGACCUUCUCUUGUUAGCCUGAACUCUGCUCCCAACGGAAUGGCUCACGGCGCCGGACACCGAUCAAGACCUGGCCGCAAGAAGAAGACUAGAGUCGUCAACCUUCGACGAGCCAAGUCAGAAGCUGGCUCCUCAGAUGUCACGUCCGAAGAUAUUUCAGAGACUGCCUCGGUCGACAUCCCCUCAUCAGAGCCCGUCAUGUCAACGUCUAUUCCCGAAGAGGCUGUUCCAGAAGGAGCAAGUGUCGAGGAAGCAUCCGCCGGCAAGGUCCGCUUCAGACCAGCCCACAAAGACCAUGCGUUGCCCAUUCGCCAGGCUCUCAUGUCAGACAUUUACAAGAAGAAACUUGAACAAAUGGCCGCUGCUCGCGAAGACGCCAAAAAAUCCGAGGCUCUCGCCAACACUUUCGACAUGGUUGCUGAAAAGGCUCCCUUUGACAAGGAUGGCAACCCUAUUCGCGACCACCAAACUCAGGCAAGCAACUCUUCUGACACGUCAUCCGUCAUUCUCGAACAAGCAUGGAUCAUGAAGAUGGCCGGCGAAAUCGCCCGACGUGUCUACGACGAGAAGAACCGCCAACACGGCAUGUGGGAAGACGGCGAGAACGCCCCUCCUCCUGCCUACGAAGCGGCUACUCAUUAA